AUGGCAGGNGCCGGCGAUGAACUACAAUGCCUGUCGCGCUUCUCAAAAGCUCAACAAACCGCCUUUCGCAAGCUCCUCAAGAAACACAAGAAAUGGACUGGCUCUACAGACCUCGAGACCGAAUUCAACACACAUAUUAUCGGCGAUCCAUCCAGUUUUACCAACAUCGACCUGAACCCUAUCUAUACUGAAUACGAAGACACGCUUUCGGCAUUGAGGACGUUAUACCACGAGCGCAUCAAUGGAGCACCCAGCAAGUCCCCGGUCGACGCUGAUGUUCAAGACAACUCUACACAAAUUCGAUCUAUGAUUGAAUCGAGCUCGUCAGUCGAGUUUGAUUCCUACUUUUCCACGUCCCCACUUGGCCGUGGCGGCAAGAAUGCCGUCUACUGGGUACACCCUGAUAACAUUGUUGAGCUACAGAUUUUCAUCCUGCAGCACGCUCGGUCCUUCCCGACCCGCGCAUUACCUUCGGCAACAAUCUCUCCUACACUAUCUCGUCAAAACAGCAUCACAUCCUCAUCGGGUAGAAGAAACAGUUCUACCGUCGAAGCCGAUACCACUGUGCUUGUUGCUGACGACCUCGAAAGCUUUAUUGCGCACCAGAGCUCUUCCACGUUCGAGAAGCGCGAGGAAACUGUAGGAAGCCGUCUUCAGGAGGCAACUGUUCAUGCGAGAUGGACCAAAACGGAGGACGCUAUCGUUACUGCAAAGGUCAAUGAGCGGGACAUUCAGAAGGUCUCGGUCAAGCGCAAGAAUGUUUUCGCUGUCCUUGAGCCCGCUUCAACCACAUCGCUACGGAAGUCUUCUAUCACCCAAGACAAGAAUAGUGGAGCCGCUGAGAACAUGCGCACCUGGAUUGCUCAGCAGAGCACCAUCAAACCUCUCACUACUAUCGCGUCGAACAGAUCUCGCUUUGCUGAGACGGCCACAGACUCGAGCGGAUUCAUUCUUGCCACCCUGGACAAGAACAUUCGCAUGAGAAAAGCAGAGUCUUUAGCAAAUUCCCUAGGGGACACGUUCUCUCAGGCCAUGAGUGCAGAAUUUCCCUUUGCAGUACUUCGUGUAAGACAAGAAGGGUUCGACAACAGCAUGCUUAUCAAAGUUCUGGACCAGAGUCAUCUCGUCGAGCGUGUUCGUGGGUUUUCGCUCGAGUACCACUCAGUUUGGUACUGUUGCCAACCCGAAAAUGUUGUUCCUCCAUUCUGGGUACCGUUGAUGCAAAAAGACAUUCGCAAAGUGCCUACACUGGCAAGCAGACGUAGGGCAUACAACCACGACUCCAGUUAUGGUUCCCAGUCCACAACACCUCAAAUGACGCCCUCAACUGGAUCAGUAGGUGACUACAACGGUGGUGAUUUGACUGCAGUGGAGGAACAAUCACCUCAUAGGAUCAAGAUUCCCGACCAGCUUGAGACGCCUCCUCUUAGUGCAUUCCGCAAGAAGAGAAAGUCUGCCUAUGAUAGGGCCGGCAGUGCCUUACCAAAGCAAACAUACUGGAGCGAGUACGAUAAUCCGUCUGACUCGGAGGAUGAGUAUGUUUUGUAUAUCGACCCCAACGAGGUUUCGUCAGCCACCAAGACAUGGCGUCGCAUUCGCAGUCUGUGGUCCAAGAACAAGCCUACUGACCAAGAGUCGCUGCUUGGACACGAUGGUGCCAACGAGCGCGGCAUGGUAGAAGAAUCAGUCAGCUCAUCAGACGAAGAAGCGCAUGUCCCCAAGCGUACUCAGCAGCGCUCCUAUGGAACAUUGAAUCAAAGGACGAACCAGAUGGCUGGAUACAACCCCGAGUCACACCAUCAACAAUCUGAUUGGGUCUCUCAAUUGGCAGCAACAUGUUUGGUCGCAUCGGUGCUUUUGCUCUGCAUUGGUUACAUACUAGUGACCACCGGCAAGAGAAAGCUAGCGUCUGAAGUUGAUGCUGGUGUUGUGUUGGCCGUGGCUUCGAGUCUGGCCUUCGCCGUGUCAGGUAUGGGAGCCGUGUUUGGUAGACAGACACCUCGUUGGCCGAUAGCCACACUGGUCAUUGGAAUCCUGGUCAUGGAUGUCACAGCAGCCAGUAUCCUGCUCGUCUGGGCCUUUGGUUAA